AUGUCUUCCAACCAGCAAAAUCAGCCCGGCCUUAUCGGCGGACACGCGCAAUAUGUAAAGGGCGCUGCUGAGGAGAUGGUCGGCCAAGUAACAGGCCUGCCCACCUGGAAGUCGUCGGGUCAAGAAGACAAGACCGCCGCCGUCGACGCGAUGAAGAAGGCCAGCGAGAACCGCGACACAAGCAAAGGACUCGGAGGUGUGGAGGAGAAGGCAGGGAACCUCGUCGGCUGUGAGGGCAUGCAGAAGGAGGGCGCCGAGAGCAAGAAGCAAUAG